AUGUUCUAUAGCCACGAGAUUCUCAGCAACACCCAGUAUGGGGUUGCUACCAUCUGGCUAGUGGCCACGGUCGGCAACACGAAUCAGAAGGUGACCAGAAAGGCCAUCCAAGAGGUCGACGUCCCCAAGGCAUGCGAGACCAUCAUCCAUCCCGGAGCCCCUCUGGCUCUGCGUCUUCAAGGCAAUCUCCUCUAUGGCGUCUCUCGCGUGUUUGCUCAGCAGUGUCGUUACGUUCUUUCAGACGCCGAGAAGACCCAGGCCGACAUGAUGACCUUCUUUCGAGUCAUGCAAACAAAUGAAACGGACCCGCGUGCAGGCAAGACCAAGCGUCACAAUAUCACUCUGCAGGACGAUCCGAACUUCGACCCUUCCAACAGCGUGCCAAACCCUGAUCUCCUCACCAGCGCCAACGACUUGGUCCUUUUUUCGAACAAGUUCUCUUCUCAGCACAAUGUCUCCCAGAUGACUCCUUUGACUCAAGUCACCGGCUCCUCAGGCAGAAAUCAUUCACUGCUGGGCUUCGACCUCCCGCAGUCCUCGCAUUCGGGAGGCAGCUACCGUCUUCCAACUGACCUCAACCAAGACUCUCCUUUUGCGAAACCCUUCAACCCGCAGGAUCCUUUGGCGGACUUCAACCCUUUCGGUGGAGAUGAGCUUGAGGGCCUCCCUGGUGUCUUCCUCAACUUCGACGCCGACGGCAACCUCGUUGGCCUUGGAGAGCCUGAGCCAGAGCUCCCGCCUCUUCCUGGGUUCGACCUUCAACCUCAGGACAACAUCGCUGGUCCUGGUCCUGAGAAGGAGCAAGUCGGUGGCGAAAACGUGGUCAUCAUGGGAGAAGAUGCGCUGCCUGAUGCGGAACCCUUUCCCAAGCGUCGCCGUGCUGAAAAGUCCACCUCCUCAGUUGUUCCAACCACCGAAUCAGUUGAGACCGAGCAGGCCCAGGCCCCCGCUCGUCGGAAAAGACGUCGCAAGCUAUGCCGCAUGGUUGAUCAGAGAGACUAUGUUCCCUCGGCAGAGGUUCGCAGCUGGUCUGUCAACUAUCUUGCCAACAUGGAGGCAAGCCGAAAGCCAAUCCCGACAACGACUGUAACUCAAGCACGAAAGAAUGCCAAGGCCUUCCUCUUCGGCAACGGCAUUGCAGGCGUUGGGAGAACUCUCGCAGGGUUCAAUCAUCCACUCGUAGAGGACUUUUCUGGCAUGUCGCUUCUGGCCCGUCUUCAGGGCAACGAGCCUGAGCAGGAAGAGGAACUCAAGUCCCAUGGACGACGUCGUGUUUCUGCCGAAGCCUUCGAAGAAAACCAGGGUGAUGAGAGACGUGUUCGCCAAAAGACGGAUGGUGGUGCUGAGAUGGGGCGCGGUCUGGGUGACGGUUUGGGUGCAAUCAUUCCCGGCGACGACAUGGCCCCUGAGAUGGGCAUGGAGGUUGUUCAAGCUCUCGAGGAUCGACACUCUUCCUCCAUGGCUCCCUGGAGUCGCCCUCCCUCUGUUGCCCCCGGUUCAUCCAUCCGAGGACACGGAAGUGUGCAGAAGAAUAUUCCUGCCCCCAGCCCUCUCCUUGGCCAUGGAAGUGCCGUUCGCUCUAUUGAACGUUGGAGCGAUCUUCCCGGUCUGCCUUAUGGUUCUGAUGACUUCCCACAGCUUCACUCUCAGAACGAUUCCAUCGGGCACGACGGUUUUCUGGAUGGCCUGGAUAUCCCUGCUGGCAACGACACACAGAACACUACACAGGGUCUCGACAAUUCUGCCCUUGAUUUUCUCGGCUAUGCUACAGUUCAAGCCCAGGCCAAGGGCUAUACCCGCUCUCGUGAUCGGGUCGACCGCCGCUGGAUCAACUUUAACACCCUCACCGACGAGCUUGAGGACCCAGCCAGCGCAAGAAAGUUCAUCUCGGAGGCUUUCAUGCAUGUCCUGACCCUUGCAACCAAGAGCGCCCUCGCUGUCGAACAGGAUGGCAUCGCCCAGAAUCAACCCUUUGGCACAAUUCGCAUCGGGUUGACUCUUCCUGAGCAGGACGAUGACAUGGUUGAUGAACUGGCCUAG